AUGACUACCAACCUUGUCGAGUCAAUGAAUGCCGUUUUUAAGGGCACACGUAAUUUGCCCAUUACGGCAUUGGUAAGGGCAACGUAUUAUAGACUAGGAUCUUUAUUUGCUGAAAGGGGUGGAAAGUGGAGUGCUGUGUUGAAUUCUGGCCAAGCAUUUACAGACAACUGCCUCAAGGUUAUGAAAGAAGAAACAACAAAAUCCAGCACGCAUCAAGUAAGAAUUUUUGACUACAGGAACAAUGUUUUCAGUGUGCAAGAGACAAUGGACCAUGGUGAGGGGAAACCUAUGGGACAUUAUAAGGUCGACCUCUUGAACGGGUGGUGUGACUGCGGAAAGUUUCAAGCAUUUCGUGUCCCUUGCUCACAUGUUAUCGCUGCAUGUUCGAAUGUGCGCCACGACGCUUACACUCUUUUGUCCGACGUUUAUAGGGUUACAAACCUAUUUGGGGUUUACAGCGCAAGUUUUCCAGUGAUGCCAUGCGAUGAAUAUUGGCCUGUUUAUGAAGGAGAUCAAAUUUGCCAUAACCCAAGAAUGCGGAGGAACAAGAAAUGUCGCCCUGUAAGCACACGUAUUACAACAGAAAUGGAUAACUUUGAUAAGCUUGAGAGGAAAUGUUCCAUGUGUCGUCAAACGGGACACAAUCGCACCCGGUGUCCCAAUGUGGGAACAAGUAGUCGUUAG